GAUAUCCCACAUACCAAGAUAUAUUCAGGAAGUGAUCUCGAACACUUGCAUCAACAAGACGAUUGAUAUGGAUUUCCAUAAAGUAUUUCUUCCAAUGUUGGCUAUUUUAUCAUUGCGCUGUAAAUUUACGGUGUCAACCGAGCCAAGAUGUUCACGGUUUGAAUUCGAGCAGAGGCUGAUGGAAAAGUUAGUACGCCUAGAAGUUGCCAUGGAACAGAUGAAGGACCAAACCUCGGCGACCGGUAACCGGCUUGAUAACUGCAUGACCGAAGUGGACAGGCUUACGCUCGAUUUAAGCCUUGCUCAGGAACAGCUUCGUGUUCCGACGAUCUUAUUCAAGGCCACGAAGGUCAGCAAUAAAAUCCCAAAACCAAGGUCAAAUUAUUGUCUUCAAGGAUACGCUCAGUAACUAUGGAAACGGUUACGAUAACAACACGGGUAUAUUCGAUGCGCCGGUGUCCGGUUCCUAUCUUUUCACGGUGCAUUUGUGUCCAGUGCCGGGGUUUUAUAUAGUUUCCAACCUCGUUAAUGAUGGCAAUAUACAGACGACUGAUUCCAACUAUGACAAGGAGGGAUCAGUUUGCAACACCAGCGAGGCUAUUGUGUAUCUUGAGGUAUCCAGCAAGGU